GAACAUUUUAUAAAUUGUGUAUCAUUCAUUUGAACCGAAACAUGUUCACUGCUUUUUUUCACACAACUGGUAUUUAUUUCACAUAAACGCGAGCUUUUAUACAACUGACUUAACUUUAAACAAGGAGGUAAGCAAUGUACUCCCCCGCCCGCUGUAAGGGCACUCGGCCAACUAGAGCCGUAGUACAGAUAAAUAAAGCAACUGACGGAGCAAGUGCGGUCUGUGGAUUGAUUCGUAGUGGUGUGGCGCAAUUCACUUUAGAGCGAUAGAAAGUUGCGGAGGUUUGACGCAAACUACAACGUUGCUGAGUAUCUAAUCUGUUAUCCAUUUUGCAGCUCAACAGAAAGAAUGAUUAUUCCUGUUCGCUGUUUCACUUGUGGAAAAGUUGUUGGAAACAAGUGGGAAGCAUACCUAGGCCUCUUACAAGCAGAAUAUACUGAGGGGGAUGCACUGGAUGCUUUGGGUCUGAAACGUUACUGCUGCAGAAGAAUGCUGCUGUCCCACGUGGAUUUAAUUGAGAAGCUGCUGAACUAUGCCCCACUUGAGAAAUAAGGAUGUCCUAUAUUUUGUGCAAGUUAUUGAUGUGACGAAUAGAAAAUGAAGGAUUACUUAAGUUUUUCAGAAACUUCAUUAAAACUGUUUAACUGUU